AUGGGGGACUAUUGUGGUGUCUGGCAGUGGCGAGGGAGCCACGAAGUCCAUGGCUUCCAGGUUGUAGUGGCAGAGAGCCGUGGGCUGCCAGAGGACGCGGGAACAGCAGAGGCCUUCAACAUCCAUUGCACCGUCACUGUCGUGCUGCAGGGCAAGGCAGUGGGAGAGCGUCAGGACUCGGACAUCGUUGAGGAAAGAAACGCCCAGGUCCAGCUGGAGAAGGCCAAGUACAAGCCUGUGGCGUUUGCUGUACGCUGCAACUUCUCUUACACACCAGCAGAUGACGACAACGUUCCCGUCCCAGGCCAGGCCGUCACCUUCGAAGCCAGAGACUUCAUACAUGUCAAAGAGAAGUUUAACAAUGACUGGUGGAUUGGCCGGCCGGUGAAGGAGGAUGGCGUGGUGGGCUUCGUCCCGAGUCCAGUCAACCUGGAAACCAUUCUCAUCAGGAGAGAAGUCCAAGCCAGGAAAGCUGCCAAGGCCUUAGCCAACAAAGCAGCGGCUCAAGCAGCUCAAGAUAUGAACUCAAAGAAGUACACUCCUCCAUCACAAGGUCAGUACCUGGAUCAAACUGUGUCCAAUGUACCGCCGCAGC